CACAACACAAUGUCAGUGUCACUGUCACAAUCACAUUGAUUUGACAUUUUGUAAUUUGUAGUGCACGUUGUUGGUGUUAAAUUGUGGUGUUCUAAUAUUUAUUUAUUAAAUUAAAUAAACAUUAAAAAUGGUUAAUGUAAGUGAUGAUGCCGUAAAAGGUGUGGGCAAAGUAUUAAACGAUCCCAACAGGCCAAUGAAGGAGCGUUUUCGGGCUCUGUUUGCUCUUCGUAACAUCGGGGGACAAACCGCAAUCAAUUGCAUUAAUGAAUGCUUUACGGAUGAAUCAGUGCUGUUAAAACACGAACUGGCCUACUGUCUAGGACAAAUGCAGGAUAAAAAUGCCAUACCAGUGUUAAUAAAUAUAUUGGAAGAUAAAAAUCAGGAUCCCAUUGUUCGGCAUGAAGCCGGUGAAGCUCUUGGGGCUAUUGGUGAUACUGACCUCCAAUCAUUAUUAGAGAAAUAUCAAAAUGACCCAGCAGUGGAAGUUGCUGAAACAUGUCAAAUAGCAUUGCAGCGGCUCAAAUGGCUUAAAGAUGAGAGCAUAAAUGAUAAGAGUUUAUCAAAGAGCCUCUAUAACUCAAUAGAUCCUGCACCACCGAGCAAGGAAGUUGAUAUCGAAGAACUUACAAAGACACUGUUAGAUGAAAAUAAAUCACUAUUUGAGAGGUAUAGAGCAAUGUUUAGUUUGCGGAACUUGCAAACAACAGAGAGUAUACAUGCUUUGGCUAAAGGUUUCCAAGCAAGCAGUGCACUUUUCCGCCAUGAAGUAGCAUUUGUGUUUGGGCAGAUGCAGGACGAGCGGAGUGUACCAGCUCUUAUACAGACACUGGAAGAUAAAGAUGAACAUGAGAUGGUACGUCACGAGGCUGCUGAAGCAUUGGGCUCUAUCGGCACUGAAGAUUGCACUAAAGUACUUAAAAUGUAUUUGGAGGAUCCGAGACCAGUAGUCCGCGAGAGUUGCGAGGUGGCGCUCGAUAUGUCCGAGUAUGAAAACAGUCCAGAGUUCCAGUACGCUAACACUUUGCUUACAGUUACUUCGUGAUCCAAACAUUGAUUUGAGAAUGACAUCAAAUGCCUCAUAAUGUUAAUAUAUUUUUAAUUUUUAAUAUUUUACAAGUUAUUUUGGUUUAUUUAUUUUAAAAAAAUAUGAGUAUCAUUUCGGACAAAACUUAUGUGCUUGCACAUGCAUGCAUUUAUGACCAUAACGCUUAAACGAUCAGGGAGAAUCGGCUAAAAUGUUAUACUUAUAAAUGACGGAAUUAUCGCUGGACAUACAUAAAAAAAAAAAAAAAACAUACAUACAGCCGAACGUAGAACCUCCUCCUUUUUGGAAGUCGGUUAAAAAUGAAAAAAAUCUCACCACCUCACGGGUGGUUUCAGACUAGCGGUUUAUACGCGCGUAUGAGCUCGUUUUUGAAAGUGCAUGUUUUUGAUCAUCUCGUGCGAGCGUUGACGCGCUUCUAAAGCCUAGUUCGGACUACUUUAGUAUUUUAGUCGAGUACGAACGAUUUUUGGGCGGUAAAUCCAAAAAUUGUUCGUACUUGACUAAAAUACUAAAGUAGUCUAUAAGUACGUCUUUGUCGGUAAUUAGCCACGGCCGAAGCAUCCCACCAGCCAAAAGUGAAUGAAUCCAAUUUUCAGUUUUAAGUAUUCAAUUUCAAUACUUGUAUCGAUAUGCAAUAAAAAGUAUUAUAAAUUUUUUUAUUACCUA